ACUGUUGUUUCCGCUCAUUUAUUCCCCCUCAUGAUCUCAUGUGGGAAUGGUAAAACGCCCAUUUCUCUGGAGCUGGAGUUUCUGCGCCCUGCAGCUCAGGGCGGGGGGCUUGUUAGUAUUCGCGUCCCACGGGUGCGCAGUGUUGUCAGCCACAGAGCCACGUCAGGCCUGAAGCAACCGACCGCCUUCUGCCUUCUGCCGCCUCUCCAAGGUUAGAGCCGGGAGCGCCUGGACAAAGACACCGCCGGGACCCGAACCUGAAACUGGGAUGGCGGGAUCCAAGUUGUUCCUUUAAAAAAACGUAACAGGGGGCUGGAAGUGUCGCGUCGCCGUGACAUUGUCGGUUUGCAGAGAUCGUUAAUGGAAAGGCGCAAUGGUGAAAAUGGUCGCAGAGUGUCCGUGAGAGCGCGCGCUUCCUCCUGACAUCAGAGAAGACGCCGCAGAAAGCUCGACUCCUGCUUUGGGUGUGAAGGGCUCACUGUGCGCCAGAGCUGCUGGAGUGAAGGUGACUUCAGCCCCGGUGCGGCGCGGCGCGGUGGAGGCAAUGCGGAGAGGAGCCACAGGCGCUCAUUCCCCACUUCUCCUGCGCCCUCAGGCUCGUCUGGGAAAACAUUUGCCUCCUUUCGCACAUUAGGACGAAAGACGGUGACAAACUGCAGACAGAGGGGGGGAAGCGAGCCUGAGCUGAGCGGAGGAGCGGAAAAAGGUGAACGGUGAGGUGCAGGAGGAGCGGAGUUCUUUUUUUUUUUUAAAGGGGGGAGGGAAUCACAGAAAAACCAUUCUGUCUUUGGGGCUGUUUGAAUAUUGGAUGUGUAUGCAUGAGUUCGGCAUCGAAUGGGCGCAAAAAUCGCCCCAGAUCCACCGGGAACAUCUUCCAGAUCGGAAAGCCUCCUCAUCGAGACCCACAGAGGAGGGAGAGCACCGAAAGUACCCGCAAAGCCCAGCGCGCCGUGGCCGACUGCAGAAUGAUCGUACAAGAAUUCAACACCCUGGUGGCUCUGUAUCGUGAGCUGGUCAUCUCCAUCGGGGAAAUCACGGUGGACUGUCCCUCCUUGCGGGCCGAGAUGCUCAAGACCCGAACGAAAGGCUGCGAGAUGGCCAGAGCGGCUCACCACAGCCUCUCCCUCAUCUCUGGACCAGAGGAUGGGGAAAUCCACCCUGAGAUCUGCCGGCUGUUCAUCCAGCUUCAGUGCUGUCUGGAAAUGUACAUCACAGAAAUGCUGAAAUCUGUCUGCUUGCUGGGAUCCUUGCAGCUCCACAGGAAAGGUUCCUCUGUGUGUGUUUUAGGGAAAGAUCCAUGCGGGCCUCCAGGCGUUGACAGUAAGACCGAAGACUCCGACAUACCCAUCCUGGAGGACACCUCGUCCUCCCCGACGGAUUGUUCUCAGCUCUGCUGGGUGUUAGCCAAUGACAUAGAAAACAUAGAAAAGGACAUGAGAGAGAUGAAGAACCUUCUCAGUAAACUCAGGGAGACAAUGCCUUUACCACUGAAGAACCAAGAUGACAGCAGUUUGCUGAAUCUGACUCCCUACCCACUUGUCCGACAGAGGAAGAGGCGGUUCUUUGGGCUCUGUUGCCUGGUAACCAGCUAAGGGCCCCACCUUCAUAUGUAGGAGGAGGCAACAAAGACACCAUUGCCCACUGUCCGUCACCACUCGUGUCUCCACCAACCUAUUACUGCCAUUCUCAGAUCAAGUGUCUCCCCUUUUUCUUUCAAAAGCUACCCAUUUUCUAAUUUUAUUUUAUAAAAAAAGAACUGUGAGUGCUAUGUAAUGUAUAAAAAACCGUCUCCAUCAUAUAUUUUAGGAUGUUUUGGGGAAGUUUUCCUCCUUUUUUAAGUCAUUAAACUUAUAUCUGCUUGUCUGUCAUGAAAGAAGCUUCAAACCCGACAUGUCUAUGCUCAAUUGCUUCCACAAUCCAGAGCAAACGGCAUACAGAUUCAUGUUUAAAAAGGGAAUAUAAAUGUAUGUUUUGUCAGAAAUAAUGUAAUAACUUCUGUACAUGCCAACGUGAAGAUGACAUUUGCAAAGAUAACUUAAGCGUUUUAUUUGUCGAUGACAUUUCUGUCCAGAAGAGGUUUGCUGUGCACCACAGUCUCUGUUUUUCUUGCUGUUUUCCUCUUAAUGUACUUAAUUUAGUCUUCCAUAAACCAAGAACCUUUAUUCAACUUUCCAGCUUCAGAAAAGGAAUAUAUAUAUAUAAUACGUUACUCAAAGGGAAACUCCUUUGCACACUAAAUCUAUCUAUGAACUGAGGCGUUAGAUCUGUAUAUACACAUACACAAUGCUCUGAGUUAUUUUCAAAUUUGGAGGUGGGUUGCAAAAGAAUGUCUGUGUGAGCAUGAAGGAUUCUGGGCGUUUUGAGGAAGACCCUCAACGCAAGGGCAGGGAACGCAUACUGACUGGAGACAACAGUUGUUCUGUUUAUGAUGAGGAGGUAAAGCUGUAAUAGGUCAUUUUACAUUGUUAAUAAAACUUUUGUUAUUGAAACCA